ACUCCAACAGCACAAUCAAAGAGCACAGGACAAUUUGAAGCCACAAACCAAACAACUAUCAACACAAUUUUUCAAAUGGUUAACCAUUGCAAAACAGGCCAAAAUGGCCUAAAACAACAAGAGGUUGUUGUGGUGAUGGUGCCACUCCCUGCACAAGGCCACCUGAACCAGCUCCUCCAACUUUCUCGUCUGGUCUCCUCCUACAACAUUCCAGUCCAUUACGUUGGCACCACCGAACACGCCUCUCAGGCGAAGCGCCGGGUGCACGGAUGGGAUCCUCUGGCAGCCACCAACAUCUAUUUCCACAGCUUCAAAAUCCCCCCAUGUCAAACACCUUCCCCUGAGGAUUCCAAUCUAUCAAACAGGUUCCCUUCUCACUGGCUUCCUAUUUUCAGCGCCUCGUCGAACCUUAUUGAGCCCGUGUCGAAGCUUCUACGUGCACUUUCGAUCACCUCGAGAAGAGUGAUUGUCAUCCAUGAUUCUCUGAUGGCAUCAGUGGUUCAAGAAGUUGGUGUAAUUCCAAAUGCAGAGUCAUAUAAUUUCCACAGUGUGUCAGCCUUCACUAUUUUCCUGUACAUAUGGGAACAAAUGGAGAAGAAACCAAUAGAGUACUCAAAUCUAUUGAUCCCUGAAGACAUUCCAUCUCUUGAGGGAUGUUUCUCUUCAGAGUUUGUUGAUUUCAUGAAAUCUCAAUAUAAGUACCACAAAAACAUUUCAGGCAAAGUUUACAACACUUGCAGAGUCAUAGAAGGAGCUUACAUGGAUUUGCUUGAGAGACAAAGCAAGGACAAAGGGAUUAAGCAUUGGGCAUUAGGACCAUUCAACCCAAUAAAGUUGAAUCCAGAUAGGAGAAGAUCAAAAAGUAGGCAUUACUGCCUUGAAUGGCUUGAUAUACAGGACGUGAAUUCAGUGAUCUAUGUGUCAUUUGGGACAUCAAUAUCAAUGAGUGAGCAGGAAAUUAGGGAACUAGCUAUUGGGUUGAGAAGAAGCAAGCAAAAGUUCAUUUGGGUUCUUAGAGAUGCUGACAAGGAACAUGUUUUCAAUGGAGAUCAUGAUCUGGGAAGAGCUAAGCUCCCAAAAGGGUAUGAUGAUUCAGUGGAGGGAGUGGGAAUUUUGGUGAGAAAUUGGGCUCCCCAAGUGGAGAUUCUGGCUCACCCUGCUAUUGGUGGAUUCAUGAGUCAUUGUGGGUGGAACUCUUGCAUGGAAAGUAUCACCAUGGGAGUACCUAUAGCAGCCUGGCCCAUGCAUUCUGAUCAGCCAAGAAACACAGUACUCAUUACAAAACUACUCAAAAUUGGCAUUGUUGUGAAGGACUGGGGGAGAAGAGAGAAGCUUGUGACAUCAGAGAUUGUCGAAGAUUCUGUGAAGAUUUUAAUGGCUUCAAAAGAAGGGGACGAGAUGAGGAAGAGAGCAGCAGAAUUGGGCAGCAAUGUGCGACGCUCGACAGGCGAAGGCGAGGUUUCUCGUGGGGAAUUCGACUCUUUCAUUGCUCAUAUCACAAGGUAGCUCAGUUUACCACACCGACAAUUCAUCAAACAGUUUCACUGCACUGUCAAUAAUAUUUUUCUUAAUGUCAUUCUCCAUCAACAGUACUAUGUAUUGUUUAACGAAUUAGUAUAUAUGCAUGCACUUGAAACAAAAGCACAUAGAGAGAGAUAAAAUUUGUGCGUUUCUUGUCAUUUCUCUAAA